GCUAAGGCCGCCGCCAGCCGGGACUGGGGCAGUAGCCGGAGCUGGCACACGGCCGCUGCUAGCACUCAGCCAGCGGGGCUGGGCACGGAAGCGCCGCGACUUCCUCUGAGGGAGGCCGGCCCCGGGGCGGUGCGCUCCCCCGCGGGGAGCGGCGAGGCGAGGCGGCCCCGCGCAGCGCGGGGAGCAUAGCGGUGGCGAUGCGGACCGCUUGCAUACUGCUGACGGCGCUGGCCGCCCUGGCCGCCUACUACGUGUACCUGCCCUUGCCCAGCACCUUGUCGGACCCCUGGAAGCUGAUGCUCCUGGAUGCCACCUUCCGAGCAACGCAGCAGACGUGUCACCUGAUUGACUACCUGAAACUCAGCCAUCACUUGAUAGCUCUGAAUUUUCUUAUUAGCACGUUUGACAAGGUGGAUUUUUCCUCCCACAAAGACAUCAAAAUCACAGAUACUGUUUUUGACGGCGUGGAAGUCAGAGUGUACCAACCCCUGGCGAAGCAAGACGGAGGGCUCAAGCGCAGCAUUGUUUACAUCCAUGGAGGAGGCUGGGCCUUGGCACGUGCAAAAAUGGGUGCUUACAACCAUCUCUGCAGAAUCAUGGCUGAAUCUCUCAAUGCUGUUGUUGUCUCAGUUGAAUACCGGCUGGUACCAGAGGUGUGCUUCCCCGAGCAGUGGUAUGAUGCUCUCCGUGCUACCAAGCAUUUUUUGCAGCCUGAUGUCUUAGCUGAGUAUUCUGUUGACCCAAGUCGAAUUGCAAUUUCUGGGGACAGUGCAGGAGGGAAUUUGGCAGCUGCUGUGUGUCAGCAGCUUAGCAAAGAUGAGCACUUGACCAUCAGACCAAAACUGCAGGCCUUGAUUUAUCCAGUCCUUCAGGCAUUUGACUUCAGUACUCCUUCCUAUCAGCAGAACAUGAACAUACCUAUUCUUCGUCGUACCGUCAUGAUUGAUUAUUGGACCUAUUAUUUAAAUGCUAAUUCUGACUUGGCUGCCUCCCUGCUGAUUAACAACCACACUGCUCUUGACGUUGGCCAAGCUGCCUCUUUCAGAGAGCGCCUGAACUGGACAGCUCUACUGCCUUCGUCGUUCAAAAAGAGCUACAAGCCUCUGAUACAGACCACAGGCAAGGCUGAAAUCGUGCAGGAGGUGCCAGCGCUGCUCGACGUCCGAGCAGCCCCACUCCUGGCAGAAGAUGAGGCUCUGCAGCUGCAGCCAAAGACUUACAUCCUGGUCUGUGAGAACGACGUCCUGCGAGACGAUGGGACGAUGUACGCCAAGCGCCUGGAGAGGGCCGGUGUGGAAGUCACCCUCGAUUACUUUGAAGACUGCUUUCAUGGCUGUAUGAUAUUCACCAGCUGGCCUGCGGACUUCUCCGCGGGCGUGCAGACCAGGGACAGCUACAUAAAAUGGCUGGAUGAAAACCUCUGAGGAGAGAGUCUCUCUGGAAGACACAGGGUGGGCAGCUCUGGUGUCUGUGUUUGCUAAAGAGCCAACGAUAACAAAAGUGCACUUUUCCAAAUUCAGACUUCAUCCCUUCAGCUGCAGCUGGAGGGAGGGGGCGGGGUGGUGGGAGUGUGGUGUAGAGCACUGAGGACAGCAUUCGUGAGCUCAAUUGGCCUUGUCCAGCAAAGUGGUGUUGAGAAAUACUUUUUCAAACUUUGAUUUUUUUUUCCUUCUUCUUUUGGAUGACUAUUGCCAAAUAGAAACAAAUGUUGAGCGGGGAGAUCAGCGUUCCUGUAGCAUUUGUAACCUGCUGCAACUUACAGACUUGGACUCUGGAUUAGGUACAGCAGCCACAGUUUUCAAAGGAUGCAGAGUGAGGCCAACAACCUACAUCUACAUCUGAAUGCAUAAAGAUGAGAGCUAGGUAUCAGCAGUGAUGAGCACUUAUGUCAAAGCAAGUGUGAGCACACUCGUCUUUGGCAGCAGAGCCAUGCAUUUGGAAGUCAAGCGUGGAUUUAGGUGUUGGCUUUUAGGCACACAGACAAAUGGCUUGUUUAAAGAAAAUUUUAAAAAAGAGCUAGACAAACCUCAGCCAAAUAUGUAAUUCAGCUUUGGAAUCUGAUCUUUGUUGCCUUUUAAUUACUUCCAUUUUGUAAAAGCACAGGACUAAAUAUCUUUUCAAUAGAAAGUAUGACACCGUACAUACAACUGUAGGAUUAACUAUUCUGUGUGGCAGCAGAAUCCUGGUUGCUUGUGUGAGUUAACUUCAAAGCUGACUACCUAUUUGGCUCAAGAAUGUGACUUCAUCUGUGUGUAAAGCCUCAGCUGAGUGACCUCCUUACAGAAAAACCUGAGCUUACUGAAAAUAAUCUGCUGUAUGUUUUGCACUAAUGUUUGUAAUUAAUAGUUGUUCAUUGACUUUUGUUUUAUGCUUGUAGUGUUUACUGUAUUUUCUGCUUCCUGGUAGGAGGAAAGCAAGCGAAUAGAAGUGGGUUCUAAUCUAUACAGAAGAUUUAAAUCUGAGUUUUGCAGCUAGACUUCGUCUGUCUGGUAGGCUGGCCUAAAAUGCUAGCUGAGAUGAUCUUACUGUUGUGCAACAAACCUCUACAGUUUGAUCCAGUCUGUAAAAUUCAGACAAAGCAGGACAGAGAAGUGAAAUGAUUUGUGACAGUGUAUUUUGUCCAGGAUGUUUACAGCUUGCAGAAAUGAAGGUUGUGUCAAAAGCCCAAUGUUU